AACAGUCGUCAAAGCACAACGAGACCAUAGGCGACAACGACGCCAUAAUUAGAUUCAACAACAACAACAAAUCUAAUAUUAAUAAUGAAGAUAGUUUCAUGGAAUAUAAAUGGGAUUCGAGCUUCAAAAACAAAUCUGAAAACACUUAUUGAAGAUAUCGGAAGCGAUGUUAUGUGUUUUCAAGAGACCAAAGUGACUAGGGAUAUGCUAGAUGAACCUACAGCAAUCUUGGAUGGAUACAAUUCCUACUUCAGCUUUUCAAGGAAAAGAAGUGGAUAUUCAGGUGUGGCCAAUUAUUGCAAAGACUCUGCAACCCCCGUCAAGGCAGAAGAAGGUCUCUCAGGAGGUCUGACCACCAACAAAAAUGGGUCUAUUGGUUGCUAUGGCAACCAGACAUCUUUUCUUGAGGAUGAACUGAAAGAUUUGGAUGCUGAAGGUCGCACAAUCAUUACUCAGCAUAGGGUCAGGUUUCCAAGUGGAGAGGAGAAAGACCUGGCCAUCAUUAACGUGUACUGUCCGCGGUUUGACCCAGACCGGGAGGACAGGCAUCAGUACAAACUGCGAUUCUUUGCACUGCUUCAGACCAGGGCCGAGGCUAUACUAGCAAGUGGCAGUCAUGUGAUCAUACUAGGGGAUAUCAACACCACGCAUCGACAGCUCGACAGAUGUGAUGAAGAAGACAAUGAGUCACACAAGCGUCCGAGUCGACUAUGGUUAAAUCAGAUGCUGUAUGAUAAAGGUCGUGACCCUAAAUUAGAGACUGACCUUGACCCUCAAGAGUUCAUUGCUAUUACUCCACACAUUGUUGGGGGCAAAUUCAUGGACAGUUUCCGGCAUUUCUACCCUGAAAAGGAGGGUUGUUUCUCCAAUUGGUGCACACUGACCAACGCACGCUCUACCAACUAUGGCCGCAGGUUGGACUAUAUCCUCACAGACGUGGAAUUGUCAGAGCAGUGUCUGAAAUCUGCCAGCAUUCUGGCUCACAUAGAGGGGUCAGAUCACUGCCCUGUCACUGUGGAGCUGACCUGUGAAUUCAUACCCGCAAAAACCUGCCCACCUCUGUGUACAAAGUUCAUGCCGGAAUUUAGCGGUAAACAACAGAAAUUAUCUACUUUUUUUACGAAAUUGAUUAAACAUGACACAAUAACAAUAAAUAAUGAGAGUGUUCAAGAUGCUUUCAAAGGAACUGAUGUUAGUAAAGGUGUGAAAAGGUCGCCACAGAAGAUUCAGUCACAGCCAUUGAAGAAACAAAAGACACUUGAAGUAAAGAAAGGCAGCCAGGGAAAACAAGGUGACCUCAUGUCAUUUUUUAAAGGACCAGGUUCCAAGUCAGACACAACUGUAAACUCUUCUCAAGUAAAUGAUACGAAAAACAUUGUUACAGAUCCCAAAUCAAAUUCAUUCUCAUUGAGUGUGACAGUUGAAGAGGCUAGAAUUAAAACAAAAACAGAUCUCUUGUCAACUAGUAAAUACUUUACUGGUGAUCCAAAUAGUGCUGAGAUUGUGUCCAACAAUGAACUUGAAAAUGAAGAGCUGGUGACAAAUAUUGUAAAUGACAAUAAAAGCUCGACAACCAAUGCUUGGAAAAACAUUCUAGGUGGACUAGGCCCAGCCCCAUUGUGCAAGGGCCACAAAGAACCAUGUGUGUUGAGAAUGGUGAAAAAGCCAGGGCCUAAUAAAGGAAAGCAAUUUUACGCAUGUGCUAGGGGCGAGGGACUGAAAACUAAUCCAGAAGCAAGGUGCGAGACAUUCCAGUGGGUUGUGAAAAAGAAACUCUGAAUAAGUGGAUAUCAUUGCAUGAUAAUAAAAACUAUAUCCUGGGAUCAUAAACUUUGCAUGCAUUUCUUGUAACUAUGCUGCUAAUGUUUUUUGCGUUUAUUGAUAUUUAAGUAAAAUAAAACCUUUGCAUAUA